AUGGCCACCGUUUCAAGGAAACGUAAAUCCCCCGAACCUAGCCACCACCACGCGCUUGAACACGACAACAAUGUCAGCACACCUCGAACCCCAAACGGAAGCCCAGCCAGGAAACGAUUGAGGAUCACACUCAGCCAGAAACAAGCUUUGAUUGACAACUUGCAGCUGGAGGUCACUGAACGGGCACGCAAACUCCGUGCACACUACGCGUUACAAGCCCAAGACCUCCGCGGACGGAUUGAGCGACGUAUAAAUCGCAUACCCACCGCUCUGCGAAAAGAAAAGAUGGGUGACUUGCUUGCAAAAUACUCGGAACCAACCAGGGCAGUGGAUGCAGGCCAAAAAUCAGGGUCAACGAAAACAACCAAAUCCUCAAGCAGAGCUGCGACGGGUGCAGCCAAAAAUCCAGCGGACGGCCAUGAUGCCGCGACCACCACUCGAACAACUCGAGGGGCUAAGCGGACAAGCGAUGAUAUGCUCGCCUCCGGUAAAGAGAACGCCCCCUUUCAGGUUCAAGAUCACCACAGCCACCCCGCUCCUGCUGUGCAUGUGCCGCUAUCAAACCCGAAGAAGCGUGGCACGCCCAAUGCACAUCCUGCGGGGCAACAUCCCCGGGUACUAUCCCAGUUUGCAGAAACGGGCGUCUUGUCGCCGAAAUCUUCCAAUUCUAGGACAUUCCCGCAAUCUCCAUUGCGCAACGUCACUGGGAAGUCACAACAGCAACUUGGUGCAAGCGUUCGACCGUCAUCGCCUCUGAAGCAUACGAGCCCGGUUAAGCCGGCCAGGGCAGGGGUGGUGGAGCACACAAAAACGCGGUCAACAAGAGGCACUACUACUACCGGUGCGACUGGGGCACGGAAAGUUACGCCACAUACUAACGACGGAACUGGUACGCGGAGAAGGACGACCGCUAAAUCCACCGCGUCGACAACUUCGAAGAGAGCAACUGCAGCCUCCACAACAGCACCACCAUCACGACCUGCUACUCGACAGAGGAAUACGCGAAGGAACAGUGGCGCUUCUACGGUUUCAAACGUGUCAUCUGGCACAACGAUUGUGAAGACCACGGGGAGGGGCGGCGGCGGCGGCGCUGCGGGUUCUCAGAAAGGAACAGGCUCGCGUCCGGUCUCUGCGGCGAGUAAACGGCCGCCAGUUCCUCGAGCGGGAACGAAGAAGACGACAUCCACAGCUGGAGCUGGAGCGGGAGCGGGAGCGGGAACGGGCUCAGUGAUAAAAAAGGCGCAGGCGACGGAGGAACCCGCUGCGGCGUCAGGGCAAAGAGUGCUUAGGAAGAGGGCUUGA